CUCGGGCUCCCGCUCGAGGGCAGCGGCGAGAUUAAUGUGUCCAUACCCGCUAGUCAUGGGGUUGGGGUCUGAAAAUAUGAAUAGUUGGAGAUGGCCCAACGAUCCCUCCCGUAGCUUCGAACUUCCCACUCGACCUUGAUCAACUCCGGCUUCUUGGCAUCGCACUUUGGUACCACGAAACGUCAUCCCCUCGAUUCCCCCGCAGGUUGCACCUCGACCAGACUGAACGUACCGAGUACCCGCUACAUAAGACAAUCUCAGCCAUGUCCUCCAGCUCGGGCCAGCCGCCACGGCAGGCCCUGCUAGGCGGCGUCCCCUCCACGAUCCCCGACAUACCCGUCAGCGCGGUGCUGCUGGCGCUCUUCGUGGCCGGCGGCGCCACGCACCUGACCAUCUUUGUGCGCAACCGGCGGCGUGGGCCCGAGCACCACUUCUUCUUCUCCUUCCUGCUCUUCGUCUUCCCCGUCACCCGCGUGGCCGCGCUGUCGCUGCGCAUCGCCUGGGCCCGCGCGCGCGACGACGCCGACGUCGCCCUGGCCGCCACCGUCUUCACCGCCGCCGGCGUGCUCAUCCUCUUCAUCGUCAACCUCAUCCUGGCCCGCCGCGUCGUCCGCGCCCUGCACCCGCGCCUCGGCCGCCACCCGGCCCUGACGCACGCCUUCCGCGCCCUGCUGGCCACCAUCGUCGCCAUCCUGGUCAUGGUCGUCGUCUGCACCGUGCACUCCAGCCUGGGCGCCGACGCCGCCGCCAGGGCCAAGGAGAGGGACGUGCUGCGCUUCGCGGGCGUCUACAUGACCGUCGUCGCGCUGCUGCCGGCCGUCGCGGUCGCGCUGGCGUGGGCGGUGCCGAACCGGGGCCCGCACCACCCGCCCGAGCCGCUCGGGACGGGGCCGAUGUGGGCCAAGGUCGCGCUGCUGGGGUUCGCGUCGCUCCUGCUGACGCUCGGGGCCGGGUUCCGGGUCGGAGUCAACUUCGCGGCGAAGCCGGUCGGGCAGGAGCAGUGGUACCAUUCCAAGCCGGCCUUCUACUGCUUCAACUUCGUCCUCGACCUGAUCGUCGUCUAUUCUUAUGCCAUCUUCCGCUUCGACCGGAUGUUCCACAUUCCUCCCGUGGAACCUAAGAGCUCGGCGUCCGGUCACUCCUCCGGGGACGACAAAGAGGCGGCCCAUGGUUCGGGACCGCAGCAGCACCCGGGGCUGGGUUUGAAUGCAGAGAAGGGAAGUUUCGGGGAAAGCGGCAGAGACCUGAUGGACAAACACCGGGAUAGUGGGGCGGGACAUUAUGAAGUGUAAUUGACGGUUGUUGUUUACAUGGAGUGGGCAGUACAUAGAGAACUGGCUUUUCCAGAACAUAAUUAUGUGAAGCAAUGCUCCUUAGUGUCGAUACAGCCACGGCAACUGUCCUCGGCUCAUGUCACCAUCAUGACAGUGUCUCGUUAUACAUGCGAGCAAGGCGGCAUCGGUGAAUUGGAGUACUGUUUGAUAUUCCCCCCGGCGGGCCACCAGGAGUCCACU